CAAAGCAGUUUCUUAAAAAAAAAAAAAAGUUGUGAGCCUAAGCCGGAACUGCUUUCGAUCAGCACCAGUCCCUCAGCCGUUGGCCGUUGGCUGUUGGCCGUCGACUUUCCCCUUCUCUUCUUGGCUGGAGAAAGUGAGACAGACAAUUUCAAGGGUAACCAUGGCCUUCGUAACCACCGUAUAAGCCCGUUGCCAAGCUCAGUGAGUGCCGAUAGCCUCAAAUGGCAAGGCGUGUCCAUCUUCUUCCCAAGUUCUUCCUCACCACUCCAACCAAACCCCAAAAUCCCAUCUCAGUCCCUCUCUCCCAAUGCCUCUGCUCAGCCUCUACCCCUGAAGACCCUACUAAAACCCCAACAGAAAAUCAUAACCCUACCACCCUUCAUGAAAAACAACGCCUUGAUCAAGUUCAAAAGCUCCGAAUCCUCCUCCAACAUGGCCGAAUGGAAACCGCUCAUAGGCUCAUCAAGACCCUCGUUCACUCCAAAGAUCCAUUCUCUUCGCCCUCUGAUCUUUUCACCCUCUUUUCCCUCUCUUCACCCUCCAUGAAGCCUGCUUUCUCUGACGUGCUAUUGUUGGUUUGUUCAGAGUCCAAAAUGACAACCGAAGCCACAGAAUUGUAUACCUUAAUGAAGAAAGAUGGUACUUUUCCUUCUUUGGCUUCUUUCAAUAUGUUGCUUGAGUCAUUGGUGGCUUCAAAACAGUUUAAGAGAACACUGGAUUUGUUUUCGGAGUUUUUGGAGUCGGGUAUUCGACUUGAUAGGUUCACAUAUAGUAAGGCAAUUCUGGCGGCGGUGAAGUUGGGGGACUUGAAUAGGGCCUUUGAGUUGCUGAAUAAUAUGAAGAAUAGCAGGGUGAGUCCUCAUGUGUUUGUUUACAAUGUGUUGCUUAGUGGGUUGUGUAAAGAGAAGAGAAUGAGGGAUGCGGAGAAGGUUUUUGAUGAAAUGCUGAAGAGGAGAUUGGUGCCGAGUUUGGUUACAUAUAAUACAUUGAUUGAUGGUUAUUGUAAGGUUGGGGAAUUGGAGGGUGCCUUUGGUUUGAGAGAAAGGAUGAAGGUGGAGAAUGUGGAGCCGAGUCUUGUUACGUUCAAUUCAUUGCUUAGUGGGCUUUGUCGGGCACGGAGAAUGGAUGAUGCCAAGAGGGUGUUGGAAGAAAUGGAGGCCCAUGCAUUUGUGCCAGAUGGAUUUACUUAUAGUAUUCUAUUCGAUGGGCAUUUGAGGUGUGGUGAUGAUGAGGCUUCAUUGGCUUUGUAUGAAGAAGCAAUUGGAAAAGGUGUAAGGUUUAACAACUAUACUUGUAGCAUUUUGUUAAAUGCGUUGUGCAAAGAAGGGAAGAUGGAAAAGGCAGAGAAGGUAUUGAAGAAGCUAAUUGAGAAUGGACUUGUUCCAGAUGAGGUAAUGUAUAACACAAUUGUAAAUGGAUUUUGUCGUAGGGGUGAGGUGGACAGAGCCAUUUUGAUGAUUGAACAAAUGGGAAGUCAUGGGUUGCUGCCGAAUUGCAUCACUUUCAAUACUUUAAUUGACAAGUUUUGUAACAUGGGGGAGAUGGAUAAGGCAGAGGAGUGGGUAAAGAAGAUGGCAGAGAAAGGAGUUUCCCCAAAUGUUGAGACAUAUAACACCCUUAUUGAUGGCUAUGGACGAAAGUUAUUGUUUGAUAGGUGUUUCCAGAUUCUUGAAGAAAUGGAAAAUAAAGGGCUAAAGCCAAAUGUUGUAAGCUAUGGUUCUCUCAUACAUUGUUUUUGCAAGGAUGGUAAGCUACUUGAAGCUGAGAUAAUCCUCAGGGAUAUGGUAGGAAGAGGGGUUUUGCCAAAUGCACAGAUAUAUAAUAUGCUCAUUGAUGGUAAUUGUACGGCAGGGAAACUGAAAGAUUCUUUUAGGUUUUUGGAUGAAAUGGUGAAAAAUGGGAUAGGAGCAACACUUGUAACCUACAAUGUGCUCAUUAAUGGGCUCUGUAAAAGGGGAACAAUGAUAGAAGCCGAAGAUUUGGUUUCCCAGAUCACUUCUUGUGGUUAUAAUCCUGAUGCUAUCACAUACAACUCCCUAAUCUCGGGGUAUUCCAAUAUAGGAAACAUCCAGAAAUGUCUCAACUUAUAUGAAAAUAUGAGGAAGUUGGGCAUUAAACCUACUUUAAAUACCUAUCAUCCUCUAAUUAGUGCAUGCAGUGAGAAAGAUAUAGUGCUUGUAGAGAAUUUGUUUGAUGAAAUGUUACAGAUGGGUUUGUCUCCUGAUCGAGUUGUAUAUAAUGCACUUAUUCACGGUUAUGCAAAACAUGGUGACGUUCAAAAGGCAUUUGCUUUGUAUCAUGAGAUGAUAGACCAGGGUAUUCAUGCUGACAAGAUGACCUAUAAUAGCUUGAUUCUGGGGAACUUUAGAGAGGGAAAGUUGUCUGGAGUAAAGGAUAUUAUUAAUGAUAUGAAGGCUAAAGGAUUUGUUCCUAAAGCUGAUACUUAUAACAUACUUGUUAAGGGGCAUUGUGAACAAAAGGAUUUCACAGGGGCAUAUGUUUGGUACAGAGACAUGUCUGAUAACGGUUUUCCCCUAAAUGCCUGUACAUUCAAUGAGCUCAUCACUGGCCUUCGACAGGAGGGGAGGUUGCAAGAGGCCCAGAUUGUUUGCUCUGAAAUGAAGGUUAAACUAAUGGAUGAUUGGAGCAUCACUGAUAAACUUUCUGUUGUUGCCUAAAAGAAAGAUGUUUGGACUGUGGUUAAGCUCUCAGCACAAUAUUUUGCUGAGAAAGAGAGACACAGAUAUUAUAUCAGAAAACUUGUUCCUUAGUU